CCCAUAGCACUAUUUAAAUACGCGCUGCGACUCAAAGUACACAACCGCGAAAAAAUUCACGCCUCCGAAGAAACACGUUUUUCGAUUCGUUUUUUUUUACGGUCUUUCGUGUGUGACGAAGGCUUUGCGUUUUCGCGAAAAUGAAACACAAUGCCUCGGUAACCCUGGAGUAUUUACUAAUUCUCUGUGGUGGACACUUUUUGGUUUCGGGAGUAUUGGUAUUCGACCCCACCGCGUUGCUCAAAGACGAAUUAAUCCCAUCUGACGCUCGCGUGGGCUCCGUCAUCUACAGGCUAAGGGUGUCUGACACAGCCUUCGAUUAUCCUCUGUCGUUCGGUCUCAGGUUGCCCACGCCGACGGCCGUCGAGUUGAAAGCGUUAAAUUGCACGAAAUUUAACUCAGUGUGUCAAGCAAAUGUAAUACUGAGUCGGCGGUUAGAGGUGGGAAGGUUCUACGAUUUUGUCGUAGAAGUGCGUAAUCAGAGAGGUCAGUCGGCGGCUACCAACUGCUCUUUCCAGGCCACCAACGCGACCACGCCAAUAGAAACGAUUUUCCCGGGGGCGCCGGCGCUGCUUUACGUCUCGGAAAACGCAACCAGGAACACAGAAAUAGGAUUUUUGAUCGCUAGAGGCAACCCGGAUAGAAUGAAAGCCGUUUACAUGGAAUUGUACGGAUCUCCAAAAUUUGGGAUCCAUCAGAGGCUCGUGUCCCAGAAAGACGCUCAGGGCUCGAUUGUGCUUCUAAAUUCCCUCGACUACGAAAUCCAGACGGUCCACCACCUUACGAUUCUUGCGAAUGAUCCCUGGAGCAAUACGAAAGAAGAUACGCGCAACAUAGCUGGGUGGCCCCUCGUCGUGGCUGUUCUAGACGAACAAGAUACGCCCCCAAUUUUUACCAUAAAGCCACUAAUAACCAGAUUGAACUCGAAGCUCAAACCCGGCGACAUAAUUUUAAGGGUUCACGCCGAGGAUGGGGACCGCGGAAACCCAAGACCAAUCCGUUAUUAUCUGCCCAAAACAAAUAAUACGUACAGCAAAUUUUUUGAUAUAUCAGAAAGCACGGGGGAAUUGAAACUGACCAAACCCGUGUCGGACAUCAUGUCAUCUUCCAAUUCGGGCCAAGCAAUUUUGCUCAAUGUAACAGCGGAAGAGGUCAGAUCCAGUCUUGACGAAGCGCCUUCGCAAUCUACGAGCAUUCAAUUGGCCUUUAUCUUGCCGGAUGUGACCUUCGGUCAACCGACAUUCGGUUCCAAUGAAUAUCACGCCCUUUUAGAUGAAAACGCACCCAUAGGAACAACUUUGGAUCUUCUGCAAGCUGAGAUCAACACCCAACCGGGAGACAUCGUUGCACUGGAGCUACUGAACAACAACGGAACGUUUGACAUCACACCGAGCAUUGUCGAAGGACAUUCCAGAUUCAGAAUCACGGUUCACGACAACAGACUGCUCGACUACGAAGCAAGACACUACGUCGAAUGCUACAUAGUAGCCAAGGAGAUAGGGAAGGGAAAUUAUUCGGCUCGUUCCAAAUUGGUGGUCGUUUUAAAUGACGUAAAUGAUAACCCUCCCCAAUUCGUUAAAUCUCCGUUUGAAGCCAAUAUUCAAGAACACGCUCCCGUGGGAACUACAGUGCUAUUGGUGGAAGCCACCGACGUAGACAGAGAACCGGGAAGCAAAAUUAGAUACAACAGCCUCAGUGGACGAGGCAGUGGAUUGUUUGCUUUGAAUCCAGAGUCAGGGUUGAUUACAGUGGCGGAUUCUUCCAGAUUAGAUGCGGAAUCUAUGCCCAUCAUAAAACUUAUAGUCGAAGCGGCUGAUGAGAAUGGGGAUGGUCUCAGUGCAACUGCCGAAAUAGUUAUUACCCUGUUGGAUAUUAACGAUCAAACGCCCGAGUUCGAUAAGGAUGUGUACGAAUUUAUUUUGAAUCCUGAUGGUACUGGAUUUACCACCCAGGCUUUCAUUAGGGCCACAGACUUGGACGUCUCCUCGCCUAAUAAUAUCGUCCACUACGAGCUCAUCAACGGCACUGAAAGCCUUACGAUAAAUGAACUUUCCGGCGAAGUGUUCGUUAGGGGCACCUGGAGAAGUGAAGAGCUGGUAUCGAUCAGAGCUAGAGCAUAUGACGAAGGCAUCCCGAUAUUGUCCAGCGAAUGCGAGAUCCGCAUUUACCCCCCAGAAGCCAAAUCCAGAAAGAUGGUGUUUAUUCUGCCGGGAAAGUCGCCCAGCCAAAGUGAGGCCGAACAUACUAUCAGAGCACUAACUGGAGGAAGGGUGACCAUCGAUGAAAUCCGACCCUUUGUAAGCGAUGAGCCUGGAGCAGCAUAUGUGACUAGGGAGAAAGGCGGUGAUAGAUCCGUAGUGGUAGCGACUGUUUACUACACAAAAGACUCGGUCGUCGAUUUGAACAGAAUUCAAAGCAUUUUAGAUUCUCGUAGUCAUGAAGGUCAGCAGCAGAAUGAAGGACAAACCGUUACCCGAGAAAAAGAACAAACUCGGAUCGAACAAGGAAGCAGCGGUAGCCUGUUAUGGCUAGUGAUCUUACUCAUCAUUCUCGCCAUUCUCGCUGCCAUCAUCUUAAUCCUGUGUUGCAUUUGCAGACCGUGUCCUCUAUACAUACCGCCGAAAAGACGUAAGAUUAAGUCUACGGAAAUUGUAGAGAAGUUAAUAAGAGGUUCCGGACAAGGCAGGGAAAGUAAAUCAGUUCAGGUUGCCGAAUGGUUUGGGCGUAAUGAAAAAUGGGCAAAAGAGAGGGAACGUGCGCAACCUGUAGCCGUUGGAAUUGACCAGGACAUAGAUUCCCUACGCAUGCACGAGAUGGAGAGAGGUUCUGACCGCGGUGGUAUAAGACUUAUUAGACAUCAUCAAACACAAGAGGUCACUAGAGAUCCCAUGUACAUAAGAGAAGGCAACGCGGACAUCCUACGUCUAGUCACUAGAGCUGGAGAAGAGCCCAACGUAAUACCUGUAGCAUUUAUGGAACAGCAAUACCUGCCCGAUAGCGGCAAAGAUAUUCUCAUGAGACGAUUUAUCGAUCAACAACAAGCCGAAGCUGCAAGAGUCGCACAAUUCACUCUGCCAAACGCUGUGAGCAAACUCCAGACGGAGCAGGAGUUCUUAGAGGCUUCGUUGAGGCAACAGAACGCUUUGCUUCGUCAACUGAUUUUGGAUCGCGAAAGAGACCUUCGCCUUGAGACGCAAUCGUUGCCGGCUGGCACCCAAACCGAUCAGAACGCCGCUACUCAGACCGAGCCUCAAUACUUAAGGCCACCUCGACGAAGGGUCCAAUCGGACUACGACUUAUCUGACGCUAGCGACGAGGAAAUCGCCAUUGUCAGAGCGAGAGCUAAACGAAGGAAUCAUCGAAUGAAACAUCGCAUUAAAACGCCUAUACAAGAGGAAUCGGAGGUCGAAGUUGUUGAAAAACCGAGAAAAGUUAAACACGGUAGGUCUCCGCCCGACAUCAAGCAAACGAGAACGAGCGACAUGAGACAGAAGAAGGCUACAAGCGAGACAUCGACCACUACCAGAUCUAAAUCUUCCAGAUCAGGCCUGAAGAAAGAAGUAUUAAACGAAAUUUCAGCAUCGCUUGAACACAGUGACGAGAACAGUUACAUCGAUAUCAGGGAGAUUUCCAACCAAGCGGAAUGGUAUUCCGCCGACAGCCUCGACGACGAUAGCCCCAGAUCUCCGCCUAGACAGAAAUACCAUUCAGAAACCGAUCUGCGCGGAAUCGAACCCGACCAUAAAGAAAAGAAAAAGUCCAAGCUGCCGGUAAAGAAAUCUCAAAGUCACAAUGAUUUGGCUUCAGCCAAGGGGUCGAAGGAGAAAAAAGUUCCCAAAAGAACCUCGAGAUAUAUGGAGUGGUAUACCAAAAACAAACAAGCCAAGACACAAAGCGAGCAGAAGAAACCCGAAGGUGAUGGAGUGGCAGUUCCUGCGGUGGAGGCCCGGUACUUGAAACAGACAGAAUCCAGCUCGAGAAAGAUCGUUAACGGGAAAAAUACUGCGGGUCCGGAACACCCUCUCCUGCAACACUCAGAACAUAGGUUCGAAGCGCAUUAUCCAAAACGAAAGCCCGAAGAAGAUACCGACUCGGGCAUCGUGUUAAAUAAACCGGAAAUGGCCCAGAAAAAAAGCGUCUUUACAAUCGCUUACAACGACGUGCAGACCAGGCAAUUAAGGCCCCAGAGUUCUACGACACCUUAGACUUUAUGUUGUAUAAGUUUUUGUAUAUAUUUCGGACACAACCAAAGUUAUCCUCACACGUAGACGACAUGACAUAACAAAUGAAUUAUUUGUUUAUUAUGGGAAAUAAAGUUUAUUUUAUUAGUUUUUAAUUCCUGUUUAUCAUACCGACCCUUUCAAGAUUUUUCACUAAAAACCAAAUUCAAAAAAGUCAAAAUGAGACAAAACGUAAAAAAGGGCAAAC